CAAAAAAAAAAAAUUGUGCAAAAAACGCUGUGAUGAUGUAACUGUGGCUCCUCUUUCUCGAAACGCAACCCUUUUGGGUUUCGAAUUGAGUAGAAAAAUACUUCGAAUAAGGAACACAAUUAUUUUCUCACGGCAAAGGAAGGUGUGUUGUUGUAGCACAGCAAUAAAACCCAGCUGGACUUUGCAAGAGCAAAUGUAUACAUAUAUACUCAAUGCUGUUGGUUAGUCUGCUGAAACGCACGGAGGAAUACAGCGAUGGCGUCGGACAGAGCUGUAGGAUUGCUGCUCCUGUUGUGCUGGGUUAUAAACCCAGUUCUGUGCGAGACGCUGUGUAGCGAAUCGGUGAAAAUCGCUCAUGGAGAGGUGUGGUACCCAGCCACCAGAGAGGUGGGCAGCGUUCUGAAGUAUGUGUGCCCAAAUAACACCCGCGCGUUCCCGGUGAGCUGGAGGGUGUGUAUGAAGAACGGACAAUGGUCUCCUCUCAGGAACAGCUACUCAGAACAAGCGAGAAGCGCCUCCUGCGUCCCAUAUUCCUGCAGCGGCCAUAUCUCUCUGGAGAAUGGCAGGUUCUUCCCGCGAAGGACCAAAUUCUCCAUUGGAAGCACGGUGCACUUUGAGUGCAACUCCGGCUUCAACAUGUUUGGCUCACCAAACAGGACCUGCUUGAGUACCGGAAAAUGGAGCGGUAAAGUGACCAUCUGUGAUUCUGGAGAAACUUUCUGUCCGAACCCCGGGAUACCGCUGGGGGGCCAGAGGAUCGGGUCCCGGUUCUGGGAGGGGCAGCAGGUCCGAUACACCUGCUACAGAGGCUUGGUUCUGAGGGGUCCAGAAAUGAGAACCUGCAGGGAAGAUGGCAGCUGGACUGGGACAGAACCACGAUGCGAAGAAAGAUUCUCGUUUGACGAACCAGAAGCUGUGGGGAAGCAGUUGAACAUGGCAGAGGAAGUAAUCAGCAACAUAGAUAAAGGUAUUCACAUGUACUUUGUGGUCAAAGCUUCAGCAAGCGUUGGGAAAGAAAACAUAGAGAAAGCACAGAAGUUCAUUGAAACUACGAUUGAAAAGUACACAGACUUUUCAAAAUUCCUAAGGUCCAGUGUGAUCAUCUUUGCUUCCAGUGCCGAAGAGAUAUUGCCGUUGAAGGAUAACCCAUCGGACGACCUGAACAUUAUGAAGUUUCUGAACCACACUGGUUGUAAUACAGGAGAGGCCCUCGGUCUGGUUCUGAAUUCAAUCAGGGAGAACUUAAAUUGGACGAAACCUGCUAAGCAAAUCAUUAUCCUCAUCACCAACGGUCGACACAACAUGGGCCCUAGUCCUUAUGCCUUAAUUCAGAACAUAACUGAGAACAUCCCAGAACCAGCCAGAAAUCUCGAUAUCUUCACAAUCGGGAUUGGUGAUGCUUCCAAAGAAGACCUUGAUAGAAUCGCUUCUCAGAGACAAGAGCCCAGGUCCUUCUACCUGCCAGAUUACGAGGCCCUGGGAAGAAUCUACCCAGAAGAAAACCCUAACGCAUGCGGUGUCAGAGGAGUGAAAGCAGUGAAUUAUGGGAGAGUGUACAAAGGAACUGAAGCCAAAGAGCAGCAGUGGCCGUGGCAAGCCUUCCUAAAGACGUCCCAUACGUUCGGAGGGGGUUCUAUUAUCGCUGACCGCUGGAUCCUGACCGCAGCUCAUGUCCUAAUGAAAUCUGAGAACACGAUGUAUGACCCGAGCGAGAUUACGGUCUACCUUGGUAUGACUGGAACCACACCGAAAGAGCUACUGGAUAAAAAUAUGACAGUGGAGAAGGUUCUUGUUCACAAGGACUACGUGCACAGCGAUCAAACCUAUGCUCAUGAUGUUGGCCUGCUCAAACUCAAGAAAACAAUCAAAUACAGUGACAAGAAAAGGCCCGUCUGUCUACCAUGUACUAAAGAAUUAUCCGAGAUCCUGUCUUUACCAAACCUAGACUGGGACAAACAGUGCCAAUAUCAAGACCGCAUUUUAACAGGUAACGGGGGUGAAGAUUUGCGAACGGUUAUUGGCUACAUCUCGGGGUGGGGCAAAUCUGAGAGGAGAAACGCCUAG